AUGAGAGACGAUACGAGCAGUAACAACAACAGUAAUAACGACCGCAACAACCAAAAUGAGGGGCGCCACCACCUGCGCCCUGAGGAUAAUCCGUUCAUCGCCUUCCGCCGGUUCGCAGACUCGCAGGUCUCCUCCCUCCUGAACACUGUCUUCACCCUCCCCGCCACCCUUGCCAGCUACAACAACGCACACCAGGCACGUGAGUUGUGCCUCUUUGGCAAGGCCGAUCAGCGUCAAUGUGAUAGGCUUCACAACAUCGAAGCGGAAAUUGCGGAACUGCGGAACGAGGGGAGGGAGCUGUUCAGAGUAGGCGAUGUGCAAGCUGUCCUUCGUAACAGCGAGGAGCUCAUGAGAUUGGACCGCAGAGCUGACGACAUACGCCGGGACAUCUUGCGUGUCUCUGAUCGAGAGAACCAAACACAGCCCCCUCGUCGCAAUGAGACCGAGCUCGUCGAGAGAGUCGCCAACAAGAAGGGCCAGGAGUGGGGAUGGUCGUGGGACUGGGGUUUUCCUAGGCCAUUCGAUCAUGAGUGUCAAAAUAACCGGCACACAUCAAAUGACCAAGACGCCAACAACUCUGUAGCUCUGGACAGGCUGCUGCCGAUGCAGGCUGAAGCAUCGCGACUGGCCCAAGACUUCGAAGACAAGGCUUGGGAAGACUCGGCUGUCCAUCUAGUAAGAUUUGACAAUUACACCCAGACUCAGUCUGACGGCAAACAACCCCGCCUAUGGUCAUGGCCAAAGUCAUGGCAAUGGCCUCCAACGCUAAAUUCAUCACCGUCUGACAUUGACGCCUACUCGCCUUCUGCGCUAGAACAGAAUCCUGCCUUGAACAGAGCAGGUGUACCGUGGCGCGCUGCCUAUGAAGAUCUUCUGCGCACUGAAGAAAUCUCUAUGUCGCAGCGACAGUCAGCACAGAUUAUGGAACAAGACAACGAGACUACACAUCCAAGCAGCAUGUAUACCGACACUUGGUCGUCUCGGCCCAAGAUCCCCAUCACUCACCGACAAUUAGAAGAGACGAUGGAGCGAAAUGGAAAGCCCGUCUGUCCACGGCUUUCUGCGCAAGCUGAACCGAAUUAUGAGUACAGCCACGAUCAUGAAGACCAGUACAAUGACCAGCCUACAACCAAGCACACUCAGUUUCCCCUGCAUACCGCAUCCCAACAAGACCCCACAAAUCACUCUGACAGAGAAGUCGCAAGCUACGAAGAAUAUUCCAAGGAAAUGCAAGACCCAGCAACGGAAAUGGACGCCUACGAGCGUCUUGAUGCUGCGUUCGCACGCACAGUCGCCCAGCCAGAGGUGGGGCGCAAUGAGCAGAGUGAGGCCAAGUCCUCGAUCUUAUCGACACUCACAACUACUGAGCGCACUGUUGCGCCCAACGGCACCAUAACCACCAAAGUCUUACUCAAGAAACGCUUUGCAGAUGGCCGCGAGGAAAGCACAGAAACUGUACAUACUGAGCGCGGCCAAGAGACUAACGACCCCUCACGAGAUCCUUGGAAGGCACUACGAAGCGGCCAGUCAGAUUCGUUGGAAACAGGGGAUAGCCGUGGCAAGAAGAAGAGUGGUUGGUUUUGGUCUGGCUAA